AUGAACAAUUUGGAGCACUCCAAGCACUUCUAUCCCGAUAACUACAAAUUGGAUCUGUCUGAGACCAUGAAGGCGGCUCUGUCCAAAGGACCCGGAGGUGGUGCCGGUGGCGGGGGCGUGGCAGGCGGAGAUAUGCUGCCGCAGCCAAAUGCUGGAAUGCCAGGAGUGGGCUAUGUUACGGAAAAGCUGUACAUGCUGCUGCAGCUGUAUCUGCAGAACAAGGGCUGGAAUCCUAGUGCUGAGCUGCUGCAGUGCUUCAGCGAUCUCAAGGACAAUGCCAUGCUGCCCAGCGCCGCCUAUCUGCAGGUACUGGCCAACCGGUUGACCCUGGACUCCCAGGGACGGCUGAUACUGCGCGACAAUGGAAAGAUUGUCUUGCCCUUCGAGCAUUUUGCCAAUGCGGUCAUGCUAAAGCACAUGUCGGGUCCGCAUGGUCUGCACCUUAGUGUCGAUGCCACGGUGCGGGCAGUUAUUGAGUCGUACACCAUCGGUCGGGAUCAGUUCGGCAUGGAGAAGGAGUUCAUCAUCGAGGUGGUGCAGUCCUGCCCCAGUCCCGCAUGUCGUUACUACAAAAACCACAUGGGGAUCUCGCCCAUGCCGUUCAUGGAGCAGCAGUAUCCGGGCGUAAACACUCCCGAGUUCCUGCAGCGUUUGGCCCAUCUGCCGCCUGGCGGAGCAGCCGGAUCUGGACCAGGAGGCUCCGCAGCCGGAUCCACCUCCAGCGUGGCAAGCAGCUCGAGUUCGGCGAACGUGGAAAUCGAUCUGUCCAAGUCGACGGGCGCUAAGGUGCCCCAGGUGCCGGUGCCGCCGCAGUUGCAGCACCUGACCAAGCAGCAGCAGAGCAGCCUCCAGACGCAGCUCUCCCAGAUCACUGCUGCCGCCGCCCAUCACCAACAACAACAACAGCAGCAGCAACAACAGCAACAGCAGCAGCAGCAGCAACAACAGCAAGCAGCAGCCAAGCACCAGCAGCAAUUGACUGCGGCCCUCAUCCAACAGCAAAACCGUGUCCUCGCCCAGCAAAAUUUAGAGAAGCUUAGCAACCACCUCAGUCCGCUGGAAAAGCAGCGAGUCUUUGCCCAGCUGGAUCCCAAGCACUUUGAUCCCAUGGCCGUUGCGGCUGCAGCCGCCAAUCUUCAAAUCCAGGGCCUGAUGCAAUCGCAGGCAGUGGCUGCCGCCGUCGCCGCCAAUCAGCAGCCCUCGGCGGCUACGACUACAUCUGCUGCAGGAGGAGCUGCAAGCGGCUCGCAGGCCCAUCAUGGACACCAUCCCUUGCCACCCCCAUCGCAGUCGCCACACUCAUCCUCUUCGUCUUCCUCUCAUUCCUCGCUGGACCAGAUUACCCACAAGAACGUCGCCGAUUCCUUACGUUCCAAUCUGGACUCAAUAGAAUCGAAUAAGGAUCUGCUGGCGCUGCACAAUGGAGCCUGGGCCACCGGCGACGCCAAUCGAAUGGAUCACUUGGCCGUGGGCCAGGACAAGAUAGUGCGCAUCUUCGCGGAGCUGAUGCGAAACAUGUCGCGGAUGAAAACCUACAUACGUCCCUCGAUGUGCAAGCCCUACGGCAAGCAGAGUGAGAGUCUGCAGAAAACCCUCAUGGACACCAUUCAGAUCGUGCAGACGCUGCGCAACUGCCUGCCAGCUCCCCACAUACCCGUGUCGUCCUGGAAAAGCGAGAGCGAGGGCAACGUGGGAUCAGGUGUGAGCGCGGGAGUAGGAGUGGGUGUCCCUGCAGGACUUAACCUGGGCGCCGCCUUGGGUUUGCCAUCGGGCAACAUGCACUAGAUGCGCGCUGGAGCUCAUCGGGUAGCAUGCAAUAGCUCCGGAUUUACCCACUCACAUUCUUCCAGCAGUUAGAGAACACUUAGUAUUUACACGCAGA